AAUAUUUUUACUGUCUGUAAAGAGAUGUUUUAUAUGCUUGUGCGUUAUAAAUAACGAUCUAUGAACGACUAUACCAACAUUAUAGCAGCACCAAGGAUACACAGCGUAGGAUUCCAUAGUUAAAGGUGUAUAUUUAGAGCAACAGACAAGACUGUUCCAAACAUUUAUAUAUAUUUGUCCGAACACAGCUUCUAACACAUGGCGUCAACACCUAAGAGGAGAAGGAGGAGCAAAGGAGCAUCAGCCCAGAACAGCGAUGGUAAUCAGAUUCCACCCACUGCAGGAAUGCCACAGAAGGACCAAGAUGACAUGAUUAAAUCAUGCAUGGCUGCCAUUCUGCCAACCAUUGAGGACACCUUUAAACGAUGCAUGGCGGAUUACCACAACAGGAGCAGUCAAACAACUGGACAAACACCUGCCACAGAAACGCAGCCUGAGCAGCCAUCACAACCGAAACCUUCGGAACCAGUCUCGUCAGAGUCAGUCUCUUUGGAGUCAGUUUCACCCAACCCUCCACUCUUUGAGGAAAUCACGACGCAAGGUACAAAUACAUUUACCCAACCUACUAAAGAGGGGGACCCCCACCUAGCAACCGGCCUGACAUUGGGGGUUGAUGUAAAGAUAAGGGCAAAAAUUCAUGCCAGCGAGUUUGUAAAAUUUUCUACUCUAUUGCCGAAAGACCUUGAUUAUGAGGAAACUGAAAAGUUUAAGUCAGUAGACAAAGAUGGGCAGUUAAUCUUCGUAAAAUCAAAUGACAAAGGCCCGCUGAAAACAAUUCACAAAAGAUCUUAUUGUUAA